CUGGCAACUGUGCUGCAGCAUUCUGCACUAAUUGCAGCCAUUGCAUGGGAAGGAACUUAUGUCAGCUGCUCUGAACUUCCCAUAUAUAUGAAUGUUUGUCGAAACUCUUGCCAUGGUUGUUGCCUGGCCACACAGGAGCUACAAGUCACUUCUUCCUUUGCUUACAAGAAAGCUCAGGUUGUAGGGCUUCUUAUUGUCUAGCUAGAUACAUUUCAAGGCUUUUUCUUAUUGUUUUCAGCCGCAAGCAUGAAAUCAGAACCUGAAGUUCCGCUGCACGAAGAGUUCACUUACGUUUAUGGACUAGCUACACAAGUCAUUAAGUGUGGGCCUUGGAAAGAUCUCUGGAAACGGGAAAGGGCCCCCAAAGCCUUGUUUCUGGUUAUUCCAGGUAAUCCAGGUUUACCAGGCUACUACCGGAGUUUCUUGAAAGCUUUGUACUCUUGCCUGAAUCGACAGUAUCCGAUCUGGGUCGUAGGGCAUGCUGGACACUGUAAAGUCCCCCACGGCAUGAAAAUGAUAGAAGAGACGGAUGUUAAUAAACUAGAUGAUGGCUUUGGACUUCGUGGACAAAUAGAACACAAGUUGAGCUUUAUUCGAAAGAAUGUACCGAAAGAUGUGAAGCUUGUGCUCAUUGGCCAUUCCAUCGGUGCCUACAUGAUCAUUGAAAUGUUGAAGCGUGCACGAGAUGUGGAGAUUAUCCGCGGUCUGCUGCUGUUUCCUACAGUGGAACGUAUAGCUGAGUCCCCACAAGGCAAGAUCAUGACACCCGUGCUCUCCUGGUUUCGUUAUCCCUUGUACAUACUCUCAUACCUCGUGUGGAUUCUCCCAGACAGAAUCAAACACUUCUUGUUACGUUUGGUAUCUUCUACCCUACUGCACGCAGAUGAAUCUGCACUAGCGGCUACUAUAGAUUUUCUCACUGUCAAUUGUGUUGCAAACGCCAUGUACAUGGGACACCAAGAGAUGAACGAGGUCACAGAGAGAGAUAACACUGCCAUAAGAAAGCAUUUAAAGAAGCUGACUUUUUAUUAUGGAAGUGAAGACCGGUGGUGUCCUCGGCAAUACUAUGAAGAGAUGAAGAGGGAUUUCCCAAAUGGAGACAUCCGAUUGUGUGAGAAAGGAUUCCGCCAUGCUUUCGUCCUCGAUUCCAGCGAGGAGAUGGCUGCGGAUCUUGCAGACUGGAUGCGAGAUGAUCUGGCUAGGCUGUAAACAGAGGUGAAGCAAGUAGCAACACAGGGCAGGAAGUAUUUUAACUGUUUUAUGGGUGUGUGGUUAUACUUGAAAAAGUUUGCUCCUCAUUACAUUCUACUAAAGGAUGUGCCACAAAGUAACUUCGUGGCCCGAAAGGUAGUCCUAUAGACCCUCUGAAUGCCAAAGGAGUGGUUGUAAGUGCCUCGAAUGGAUUUUGUCAAAACAAUACCGUAAACAAGAGUAUGCUACCGGCCUUGGCUUCUGAACACUAAACUGAGAUACAUCACUGCUACCAGUUGGGAGCAAUCCCCUUGGUGGAAGGAGUGGUUGAGGUUGAGUUUCAGACAUGCAUAUGCAAUAAUGAUUCCCCUCCCCCAACCUCAAGAGACUUGAGUGAGAAUGUCAAGGCAGGUCAAGCAUCACAAACAGAGCUUUCAUAUCCCCUCAAAUGCAAUACUAUGAAUGUAUGUGUUCAGGGGCAAAUCACUGAGGGUGAGAUGUCAAUGAAAGGAGCUGCAUGUGUGAAUCUGCCCUAAGAUCAGAAUGUUAAAAUACUUCAGUAUGGUGUAGCAAAAUACUGAUGAAGCUAAUCGUUUGGUGGUCACAGCACCAAGCUCUAAAUUCCUUUCUGUCUCACCUUUUUAAAAAAUUGUUCUCAAAAAUGCCAGGGAGAUUAUUUUUUGUGCAAAUACUUCCUUGAAAAGUUUUUUGUAUAAGAUUUUAAAAGGGGCAUGGACAAAAAAUUUAAUACAUGAAUAUCUGAAACUGUUCUGAGUAUUGUGGUGCCUCGCAAGACGAAAUUAAUUCGUGCCGCGAGUCGCUUCGUCUUGCGAUAAUUUCGUCUUGCGAAGCGCGGUUUGCCGCGGCAAAAAAAGGCCAAAAAAUUCGUCUUGCGAAGCACGGCCAUAGAAAACUCCAUCUUGCGAGUCACCAAAAACAUCACAAAACGCUUUCAUCUUGUGAGUUUUUCGUUGUGCGAGGCAUUCGUCUUGCGAUGUACCACUGUACAUAUAAGCCACAAAUUACUGGGUUGUGUUUUUUUUCCAGUCUGCUAUUUCCAUUCCAAACUCUUUCCUAUAAAUUCCACUUUUUAAAAUAUUCACUUUUCAGGAGACCCAAGAAAGAAAAUUAACUGGGUGAGAGAAUAAGCCUUCUAAACUGCCCUCAAUUCUUAAGGGCCUCUUUUCUUUCAGCAUGUGAGAAAAUAAACCUGUUUCUGGACCAUAAUACUUGGGACUGCAGUAGCAGACUCAUAUGAUGGAUUGAAUGCUCCUCCAUGCAGAAAUGUGGCCUGCAAAUAAAAACCUAGCCAUCAGGGUUUUUUUUAACCUAGUUUAAGGUUUCUCCCUAACCUGCUAGUUUUCCAAAUGCAGGGUGGGAAUUGUUGUUGUUUUGAAUUGAGCAAUCAAUCACGUCAGCCCCCAUCUGAAAUGUAAAGUGCUUUUGCUUAGAAACAAGUUUGCCUCCUCAUCUGUUGUAGUAACUGGGCAUAAAAUGAUUUGGCUGUAAUUUGCUUUGACUUACAGCAACUAACAAAUUUAACAAAUAAUAAUAAUAAUAUGAAGGAGUUCUGCUGUCAGUUUCAUUAACAGGUUCCUACUUGUCUGGGGCAAGCAAGCUGGAAAAUUAAGAAUGCUGAGUAGCUUUCUCCUCAAACCAGACUGUGGUUUUCUAUACCUUCCAGAUCACUUCUUCCCAGUCUCAAAAAGCUGGCAUUGACCAGUUGGCACCUGACAUUGUAUAUCGUUGCUCAUUCAUUUGGGAAAGAAUAAUAGAAUCAGUGCUUUUUUUCUGGGGGGACGUAGGGGUACGCAUAUCCCUAAACAUUCUGUGAAUCUUUGUACUUUUGUCCAUUUACUAUAUUUAUUUUCCCCGCUUUGAACUAUAAAAUAGUGAUUUUCUUGAGUCAAAAUGAGAGUACCCCUCAACAUUUUUUAAAGAAAAAAAAACACUGCAUAGAAUCAUAGUCAUAGAAUUGUAGAGCUGGAAGGGGCCCCAAGGGUCAUCCAAUCCAACCCCCUGCAAUGCAGGAAUCUCAGCUACAGCAUCCAUGACAGAUGACCAUCCAACCUCUGCUUUAAAACUUCCAAGGAAGGCGAGUCCACAACCUCCCGAGUGUGUCUGUUCCACUGUCAAACAGCUCUUACUGUUAGAAAGUUUUUCCUGAUCAAUGUUUAGUUGGAAUCUCCAUUCUUGUGUCUUAAAGCCAUUUGUUUGAGUCCUCCCCUCUGGAGCAGGAGAAAACAAGCUUGUUCCCUCUUCCAUGUGACAGCCUUUGAGGCAUUUGAAGAUGGCUAUCAUAUCUCCUCUCAGUUUCCUCUUUUCCAAGCUAAACAUGCCCAGCUCCUUCAACUGUUCCUCAUAAGGCUUGACCUCUAGACCAGGAGUCCCCAGACUUACCGCGCUUCAGACCAGUGCCCAAAGCGCCGAUCCCACGGCAGGCUAAAGGGCGUGGGAGCGCGCGCCCAUGUUCAUGCGCACACACUAUUUCCAGCGCACUUCCGGGUCGCCAGAGCGCUGGAAAUAGUGUGUGCGCAUGGCCUCCUCCGACCCAGAAGUGUGCCGGAAAUGACGGGUAAAUCGGUCAAUCGGGCCGUAUCCGGCCUGCGGACCGUAGCCUGGGGGCCUCUGAUCUAGACCCUUGGUCAUCUUAGUUGCCCUCCUCUAUACUCGUUCCAGUAGUCAGUGGUUUAUCUCUGGAAUUCAUUGUGACUCUAAAAAUAGACCCUAAAAAUGCAUUUACCCAAGUAUAACAACACACACACACACACCGAACACCUUAAAACCUUGUAUUAGUAUUUGCAAUAGCCAAGAUGCUCUUGUCAAAAAUCUGAGAAUGGAAAUAAUUUUGGACAUCAGGAAUGGGAAUUUUGAGAAAAAUCUUUGUUGCUUAAGACCAAAUAUUUUGAAAUGGUUGCCAGCAGCAGCACUCAAAAUGGCAGGCAGUAACAUCAUGAGCCCAAAAUCCUGUGUGGAAAAAAGGAGACAUCUCUGUAGGCACACAUAGUGAUUCUAUCCAUGGCCAUUCAUCUCAUGCCCCAUUUCCAGCUAUUGUUGUGCCACUUCAGAACUGUGUGAGAGGGCCCAGUGGUGCGGCACAAGUCAGGUGUCGACAAUACUGAGUUAAAUGGUCUGACUCUGUGUGCAAGCGUCAGGGAGAGGAUUAACGGGGUUCCUUGUCCCUUUGUACCAGUGCUGGAAUAUAUAUGGUGAUCACUUGCACCCGUGCUUCAUGGGAACAUAAUGUUGGACCAGGUGGUUCGCUUGCUGUCUUAAAUGUUCUGAUUCAUGUCUGUAAAUAAUUGUUGCUUGUGCAGAUAAGAAGGCUUUUUGUCCAUUUCAGCAAAAUCUGGUGCUUGGGGGGGAAAAACACCUACUAACUAAUAUAUUGUGCUAAUUUGAAGGAGGGUUCUUGGAAUUCAAGCGUGUUGUCCUUCAGUGUAGGAAUUGACGUUUACACAACUGCGUGCAUUCCUACAAUAUUUCUGUGCGUCAGAUGUAGUCGGCAGAGAAAUAUUUUUGUCUUCAUAGUAACAGGGUUGCCUACCUAACAGCACCAGAAGAGGGAAAUCCAGCCCUCAAAAUGUUUCGGCAAUUAGUUGAAAACAUCCUGCCUACGUACCGGUAGAUUAUGAUUCCGGAAUAUUAAAGCAGGGAAAUCUUGUCCUUUUGCAACAUUGGCCAAGAAAGCCUUAUUCAAGUAUGUGGUGGUUCUGCAUUUUUGCUACAAUCCCAUCAUCUCAGUGAGCUUAACUUGGAAUAAUUGCAGGAUUUUAGCUAUAAGCCUCUGUACAUCUAGAUUUCCAACUAAUUUAAUCAUAGGAGUACUUCUGUUUUCUUGACAUGAAGCACAGUAUAAUGGCGUGCUUACUGUGGGUAGGCUUAUUGAGAUGAUUCAAGUUACAAGAAUUGGAUUGUUGAUAGAUUUAAACCUGUUUUGCAAAUUAUACACAAGAAAUGCUAAAUCUUUGGUGCAUUUUUCACCCCUUGAGGCUGUCAUUCAUCAACAGUCCACCCUGUGUCAUAUUCAGUGGGCUUUUAUUCUGGGGGGACGCAUACUUCUAAACCAGGGCAUAGCUGCCAAGUCUCCCGUUUUUCACGGGAAACCCCCGUAUUUUGUUGCUGUUUCCUGCUGUUAUCCCGAAUUGAUUAUAUCCCAUAAAUAUCCCCUAAAGCUCCUGCCGGCAGCCAUGUCCCAGCUCCCGGCUGUCUGCGCAUGUCUGGACACGGGCAGCCCGGCACCGGAAGUCGCUUCUGCGCAUGUCUGGACAUGCGUAGAAGCGACUUCCGGUGCCGCGCCGCCGCAGAUCCCAGAUUUUUCAAUCCGGGAGUUGGAGGGUAUGAACCAGGGGUCAGCAAACUUUUUCAGCAGGGGGCCGGUCCAGUGUCCCUCAGACCUUGUGGGGGGCCGGACUAUAUUUUUGGGGAAGGGAAUGAACGAAUUCCUAUGCCCCACAAAUAACCCAGAGAUGCAUUUUAAAUAAAAGCACACAUUCUACUCAUGUAAAAACACACUGGUUCCCGGACUGUCCAAGGGCCGGAUUUAGAAGGUGAUUGGGCCAGAUCCGGCCCCCAGGCCUUAGUUUGCCUACCCAUGCCCUAAACAUUUUGUGAAGCUUUGUACUUUUGUUCAUUUACUGUAUUUAUUUUUCCUGAUUUGAACUAUAAAAUGGUGAUUUUCUUGAGUCUUGAGAGUACCCCAAACAUUUUUUUUAGAAAAAUAAGCACCGGUCCUAUUUAUUAGUUUAUUUUAAAGACAAUUUUUGCUAUUAUGGAAAUUGUUUAAUAGUGGUUUUGAAAAAACACGUAGUGCCCAGUGGGGGCCUUCGACAUUAACUCUCCUAGCCCACUCACUUCCCCACAAAUUCUGAGACUUCCGGAGAAACCGGUGAGAGAUCUCCUCUAGGUGACCAAGAAGCCAUGUGAUAUUAUGAUGGAAGCUGGUAUUGCAAGGGACCAGACCAAUUCUUGGAGGAAUUUCUAAAUCUCUACACCCAGAGGGAGUUUCCCAAGAGUGGUUUAGACCACAGCUCCAACCGCAUCCCUAAUGCAAGAUAUAUGAAGCAAAAGGUAAAGGGAUGUGGGUGGCGCUGUGCUCUAAACCGCUGAGCCUCUUGGGCUUGCCGAUCAGAAGGUCAGCAGUUUGAAUCCCCGCAAUGGAAUGAGCUCCCAUUGCUCUGUCCCAGCUCCUGCCAAGCUAGCACUUUGAAAGCACACCAGUGCAAGUAGAUAAAUAGGUACCGCUGCGGCAGGAAGGUAAACAGCGCUUCCAUGUGCUCUGGCUUCCAUCACGGUGUCCCAUUGCACCAGAAGCGGUUUAGUCAUGCUGGCCACAUGACCCGGAAAACUGUCUGUGGACCAAUGCCGGCUCCCUCGGCCUGAAAGCGAGAUGAGCGCCACCACCCCAUAGUCACCUUUGACUGGACUUAACCAUCCAGAGGCCAUUUACCUUAAUAAUAAUAAUAAUAAUAAUAAUAAUAAUAAUAAUAAUAAUAAAAUAAUAAUUUAUUAUUUAUACCCCGCCCAUCUGGCUGGGUUUCCUUUACCUUUAUGGAGCAGAAUAUCACAUGUGUGUAAGUGGAAUGCUGGAGAGAAAAUGCCAUUGUAUUUGCUUUAAGGAAGUAAUAAAAAUAAAUAAAUAAAUGGUUGGUGUUCAGUAGUAGCCUUAUAAGGCAUGAUAAAUAUUUGUCUGUUGGUUUCAAUAUUCGAGGAAUGGGUUUCUCCAUGUUGUAUAUUGUACCAAAGUGCUUGCAAAUACUAUUUCAUAUUACUGUGAAAACUUAAUAAAUAUUAACAGUUAAAAAUCAAUAACUAAUAAAAAAUGUUGCAUACCAGUAAUUAUAGAAUGGCGGGGGUUCCUGGAUUUUUGUGGUUUUGUUUUGUUUGUUUUUUCAUUCUGACUGGUGCAUUCUAUAAAACCAACCGCAAAGUUACGGUAUUCAGAAUUGAAAUGGUCACAGUCUGAGUAAUAACACCCUGAACAUGCCUAAUCUCAAAAAGUAAACAGGUUCAGGCCUAGCCUAACUUGGGUUGAAGGAAAUUCCUCAUUAGACAUCUGAAUCUUAGGUAGGAAACUAAAAAGAGUUUGCUGGGUCAUAGAAUUGCUGAGUGGGGAGAGGCCCUGAGGAUCAUCUGCCUCACACAGGGUUUGAACCUGCAACCUUAUAGCAUCAUCAACACCAUGCUCUAACCAUCUGAGCUAAUUUAUCAUCUUCUGAAGUUCAUUUGAAAAGUGCCCUCUGCUUAUGACGUAGUUACUGAGCUCUCCUCUCCCUUUCCUCUUCCUGUAAAUGGUCUCGUGGGCUUUUAUAUUGCUUCCGAAACCUGUUUCAGCACAGAAGACCGUUGGAUAAAAGUAGUUUGUGAAUACACCUUGGCCAUUAAUCAAAGCACUUUCAGUGGUUUUAAAACCGGCAUUUGCUCGAUCCAGUUUCCUUCCGGUAUGUCAGGGAUGAGGGAGCUGUGGUCCUCCAGAUGUUUUUAUGGACUACAAAUCCCAUCAGCCUCAGACAACAUGGCCAAUGGACUGGGAUUAUGGGAGUGGUAGUCAACCAAUACCUGGAGGGUUGUGGAGAUGUGGAGGAAGCAUAAAGUGCCUCCAAUUAUUUCACAGAAGGGAGGACUAUGUAAUCCUAUCAUAUACAGUGGUACCUCGGUUUAAGUACACAAUUGGUUCCGGAAGUCUGGUUCCGGAAGUCUGUACUUAACUUGAAGCAAACUUUCCCAUUGAAAGUAAUGGAAAGUGGAUUAAUCCGUUCCAGACGGGUCCGCGGAGUACUUAAACUGAAAGUACUCAAACCGAAGCGUACUUAAACCGAGGUAUGACUGUACUGUCACUGUCCAUUCCAUAGAUUAACUCUGUUGUUAGAAUGGGUCUUAUUCUUCAUCCUUCCCUCCAAGCACACUUAGGGAACAGUAUCUUCAUAAGUUACACCUGGUCUUUUUUCAUGUCUAAAAAAGAGGUGUCUUGUUCUCUUAUAAUGGCAAUGGCACCCACCCGAGAGAUGCCAGAAUCUGGCAAAUUCCAGCUGAAAAAAAGCCAUGAGCAUGACAGACACAUGUACAGUCAUACCUCAACAUCCGAACGCUUCGACUUCCAAAGUCGAUAACCCCUGGAAUUGUUUUCGCCGUGCGUGCACUCUGCACCUGCGCAGAGCGGCGCGCAUGGUCAGCGCAUGCACAUAAGUGCGAAAUCGCGCUUUGCGCAUGCGCCGUAGCGGCGCUUCGAGAACCAAAAACCUCAACCUACGAAGACGGCCGAGGAACGGAUCGUCUUCGUAAGUCGAGGUACCACUGUACAAAGAAUUCACAGCUAAACUGAGUGAUAGUUUGGGGGUCCUUUAUGUGUAAAAUGAUUCUUUCUUUUUAAGUGUCCUAUCUCACAAAGUUGUUGGAAGGAUAAGCCCAACCAGCACCACACACACACACACACACACAAAAGAAUGUAAAGUAGUUUGCACAUGAAAAGUGCAGUAAACAUGGAUAAAUAUUUAGAGGAUUCUACAUAUUGGGGAAACUUAGUAAUCAGUAAAACAAAUUGCAUUUCUAGUUGGAA